GCUAAAGCCCCUUCAAUGGUCCACUUUGCCUGUAAACCACCAAUAAAAAAAAGAACGAUGUCUUCUGGGGAUUCUCUUUCAGGAGUAAAAAAAUAUAAAAGAACAGAGAUUUUCGUCGAACCCAAACCCAGAUUUCCUUUAGUAUCCAACACAACCUUGCCCCUUCCGUCGAUUCAGAAUCAGAUGGUCGAUGUUCCUCUUCGAGACGUGCAGGGGGAAGCCAGUGGGAACCGGACGGAGAUCCAGCACAUCGUUUUUGGUAUCGCGGCUUCCUCCAAGCUCUGGCAGCAGAGGAAAGAGUACAUCAAGAUUUGGUACCGCCCAAAACAAAUGCGGGGGGUGGUGUGGCUCGACAACCGAGUGAAGUACACAGCUGAGGACCGGCAGAUGUUGCCGCCGGUGAGAAUCUUGAACGACAGCUCGAAAUUCCCGUACACUAACAGGAAGGGGCACCGUUCUGCGAUUCGGAUCUCGCGGAUCGUGUCGGAGACACUGCAUUUGAAGCAGGAGAACGUGAGGUGGUUCGUGAUGGGGGACAAUGACACUGUUUUCAUAACGGAGAAUCUGGUGAGGGUCUUGAAUAAGUACGAUCACAACCAGUUCUAUUACAUCGGGAGCCUAUCGGGUCCCACUUGCAGAACAUAUAUUUCUCGUAUGGCAUGGCGUAUGGCGGCGGCGGAUUCGCUAUCAACUGCCCUUUGGCAGAGGCACUCUCAAAGAUGCAGGACGGUGUAUUCAGAGGUGCCCUGGAUUGUACGGCUCCGAUGACAGAAUGUAGGCUUGCAUGGCCGAACUCGGUGUGCCACUCACUAAGGAACUCGGAUUCCACCAGGUCCGUGACUCACUGUCUGUAUUUUUUAAUUUUUUUCUGCAAUCCAAAGAAAAUCCGGGGUUUGGGUUUGAAGAAAAUCUCUGUCCCUUUUAGAUUUUUUUUACUGAAAGAGAAACCCAAAACACAUAUUUCUUUAUUUAUCGGUGGUUUGUAGAUAACGUGGUACUCACUGAGGGGCUUUAGCGCGUUUGAA